GGUGAAGCUGGAGAGGUUACCCAUCUCCAGCCGCUCUGCUGAGAAACACCUGGACCGAUUUCCAUGGAGACCAGGGGAUCUGAAGGUUUGGAAAAGCCCUGGAAGGAAUUGGUGAGUGGUUCCCAGGAGACUGACAAUGCGUGGGACAAGGGGAGACCUGAGUUACUCUCAGAAGAUGAGAAAACAUGCCACGUCAACCGAGGGACUCGAGACAGAGAACCUGGCCACUACACCCCAAUUCAGAGAAACUCCAUCUUCAACCGCACUGUGAAACGCAAAAGCAAAGGCCAAGCCAGAGAUGCUCCAGAACAAAAUACCCCCCAGCAGGCAGGCUCACUGGAAAAUGGACAGUCUGUAAAUGAGCCCCUGACCUUGAAUUCCCCCCAGAACAGAAGGUCUCGGUGGAAAAUCCCAAUACAGCCACACCCAGGAGCCAAGAGAACAAGUGAGUCGUCCUCCACCCCUGGAAAUGGGGCCACACCCGAGGAGUGCCCGGCGCUCGCCGACAGCCCCACCACGCUCACCGAGGCCCUGCAGACGAUCCACCCCAUUCCCGCCGACUCCUGGAGAAACCUCAUCGAACAAAUAGGGCUCCUGUAUCAGGAAUACCGAGAUAAAUCGACACUCCAAGAAAUUGAAACCAGGAGGCAGCUGGACGCAGAGAUACACACCAACGCUCAUGGCUCCCCAGCCAGCGAGGAGACUCCAGAGGAGGAUGAGGACGAGGAGGAGGAAGAGGAGGAGGACGAGCCAGCAAGCCCACCCGAGAGGAAGGCUCUGCCCCAGAUCUGCCUGCUCAGUAACCCCCACUCACGGUUUAACCUCUGGCAGGAUCUCCCAGAGAUCCAGAGCAGCGGGGUGCUGGAAAUCCUCCAGCCCGAGGAGAUCAAACUGCAGGAGGCCAUGUUCGAGCUGGUCACAUCCGAGGCCUCCUACUACAAAAGCCUGAGCCUGCUCGUGUCUCACUUCAUGGAGAAUGAGCGUCUGAAGAAGAUCCUGCACCCGUCAGAGGCGCACAUCCUCUUCUCCAAUGUCCUGGACGUCAUGGCCGUCAGUGAGCGGUUUCUCCUGGAGCUGGAGCGCCGGAUGGAGGAGAACAUUGUCAUCUCGGACGUGUGCGACAUCGUGUAUCAUUAUGCGGCCAACCACUUUUCGGUGUACAUCACCUAUGUCAGCAACCAGACCUACCAGGAGAGGACCUACAAGCAGCUGCUCCAGGAGAAGGCAGCCUUUCGGGAGCUGAUUGCGCAGCUGGAGCUGGACCCCAAGUGCCGGGGGCUGCCCCUGUCCUCCUUCCUUAUCCUGCCAUUCCAGAGGAUCACACGCCUCAAGCUCUUGGUCCAGAACAUUCUGAAGAGAGUGGAAGAAAGGUCUGAGCGGGAGUGCACAGCAUUGGACGCCCACAAAGAACUGGAAAUGGUGGUGAAAGCGUGCAAUGAGGGUGUCAGGAAAAUGAGCCGCACGGAGCAGAUGAUCAGUAUUCAGAAGAAGAUGGAGUUUAAGAUCAAGUCGGUGCCCAUCAUCUCCCACUCCCGCUGGCUGCUGAAGCAGGGUGAGCUGCAGCAGAUGUCAGGCCCCAAAACAUCCCGAACCCUGAGGACCAAGAAACUCUUCCGGGAGAUUUACCUCUUCCUCUUCAACGACCUGCUGGUGAUCUGCCGGCAGAUACCCGGAGACAAGUACCAAGUGUUUGACUCGGCCCCGCGGGGCCUCCUCCGCGUGGAAGAGCUGGAGGACCAGGGUCAGACACUGGCCAACGUGUUCAUCCUACGGCUGCUGGAGAACGCGGAUGACCGGGAGGCCACCUACAUGCUGAAAGCGACCUCUCAGAGUGAGAUGAAGCGCUGGAUGACCUCCCUGGCCCCCAACCGGAGAACCAAGUUUGUUUCCUUCACUUCCCGGCUGCUGGACUGCCCCCAGGUGCAGUGCGUGCACCCGUAUGUGGCCCAGCAGCCAGAUGAACUGACACUGGAGCUGGCGGACAUCCUGAACAUUCUGGAGAAGACCGAAGACGGGUGGAUCUUUGGCGAGCGUCUGCACGACCAGGAGAGAGGCUGGUUCCCCAGCUCCAUGACUGAGGAGAUCUUGAAUCCCAAGAUCCGGUCCCAGAACCUCAAGGAAUGUUUCCGAGUCCACAAGAUGGACGACCCACAGCGCAGCCAGAACAAGGAUCGCAGGAAGCUGGGCAGCCGAAACCGGCAGUGACCCCCGGCCGGGUCACUAGCCUGGCGGGAGGACGAGGGCGGGCCGGAGCAG